AUGCUCCCGCUUCUCCUCCUCCUGACCAGCCUCGCCACCGCCACUGCUCACUCGCCAACGCAUCGCGGCGUGCUGCUGCCAACGCUUAGCCGCGCCGUCCACCUGCGGACGGCGCCACUGCUGCGGUCCUCGCUGCCGGAGAACCCGGCUGGUCAGCGUCUGCGUACCGCCGGAACGGCGACCACCGCCCGCUGCGGCACUCCGCGCGCCAGCCUGCUGGCGGAUGCUGCGUCGGACCAGUGGCUGCUCUACACGGUGCUCACCACGGCCGCCGCCACCGGCUACCGCCUCGGCGUCUCCACCAAGCUCGGGAGGCUUGCGACGGGGCCGAUCUGCGCGAUGGGCCUCACCUUCGUGGCGGCGGGCACGGGCGCGCUUCCGCCGGCGUCGGCGCCAGUGAGCGCGGCGCAGGGCCUUGCGGUGCGCCUCGCGACGCCGCUCCUCCUCUUCGGCGCCAACCUGCGCGCGAUAGCGAGCCGCGCCGGCCGACUGAUGCCCGCCUUUGCCCUCGGCUGCCUGGGCACGGUGCUCGGCACACUAGCGGGCUGGGCGGCGCUGCGCGGACCGCUGGCGUCUGCCUUUGGCGCCGAUGCGCUCAAGGUGGUCGCGGCACUCGCGGCCAAGAAUAUCGGCGGCGGGCUCAACUUUGUGGCGGUGGCCGGCGCGCUCGGCCUCUCUCCGGCGCCGCUGGCUGCAGCGCUCGCCGCGGACAACGUGAUGGCGCUGGUCUACUUCCCCUUGUGCUCGUACCUGGGGCGGGACGAGCCCGACCCCUACGCCGGCGAGGCUGGGGCGGAAGCGGAAGCGGCGGCGGCGGCGGCGGCGGCGGCGGCGGCGGCGACGGGCGGUAGCGGCGAGGUGGAGACGGCGGAGGAGGCGGAGGACGGCGGGGACGAGGCAUCCGUCGCGCGGCUUGGGUCCGCCUUGGCGCUGGGCGUGGCGGCCGUCGCGCUGAGCCGCCGCCUCUGCCCCGUGCCGGGGUACGACUUGCCCGUCGCCACAGCGCUCACCGUCGCGGCCGCCACCGCCUUCCCCGCCGCUCUCGCGCCGCUGACGGCCGCCGCCGAGAAGUUGGGCACACUCGCGCUCUACCUCUUCUUUGCGACGGCGGGGGCUGGCCCCGCGGCGGGGGCUGGACCCGCAUCCCUCGCCGAGGGCGGGAUGUGCGACGCGCUCGUCGGGGGCGCGCCCGAGCUGCCGCUCUCGCUGCUGCUGACCGCAAGCAACGCAAACAUCGGCGGGCCCGCGACCGCGUGCGCGCUCGCAGUGGGCUGCGGGUGGGAGGGGCUCAAGACGCCGGCGCUGCUGGUUGGGAAUUUGGGGUAUGCUGUUGCCACACCGCUCGCGAUCCUGAUGUUUCGCUGUCUGAGGUAG